UUCUUUCUUUCUUUCUUUCUUUCUUUCUUCUUUCUUUUCUUUCUUUUUCUUUUCUUUCUUUUUUUUGUUAGACUCCCGCCCCUAAGUUUGUUUAAACCUUUUCCAAGUGUCUUUAUUUAAAAAAUCCAUAGCCAGAGUAAUAAACUUACAAGGUGGCUCUCUCCUAUCAAGAAAGAGGUUAUACUUGAAACAAGGUUAUAUUUGAAAACCUUAUCCUAAGGUGGAAGAAACGGGCACAGAAGACCGCAUAUUGUCUGAUUCCAUUUGUGUGAAAUGUUCAGAGUAGACGGACUGAAGAAACAGCAGAUAGGCCCUGCCCUCCUGGGGUGUAUUUAUUCCUUCAUACAGGACAAGCUGGCCAAGGAGGAGCACAAUAGUGCUCUGAACCUUAACAAGAUUAACACACAGUGGAGAACCGUCCUUAGGGAGGUCAAGACCAGAGAGCUUCAUAAGGACAUUGAGAUCCUCAGCCAAACAUUUGAACGAGUGGUGGACUGCAAGGACAGUGUCAUCAAGUCUUUAGCCAAGGACCUGUCAGAAGCAGAGGAGCAGUACGCCCACGCCCUGCGCGGCCACCUGCACAGCAUUGACCAGCUCUUAGCCCUGCAGAGACGCCGGCUCAACCUCCUAGAGGAGAGUUACAACACAGAGCUGGAGGCCCUAACCAAAGAGUUUGAGACAGAAAGGAAGACAAUUAUUGACCAGCAUGAAAAAGAGAUUCACUACCUACAAGAUGUCUUCAUGGCCAUGGAGCAGAACUAUAUAGAUGCUGAGUAUGAAAGUAAGCUGGAGUUCCAGAGCUUGUGGGAUGAUCUCAAAAACAAGAAUUUAGAAGAGAAGCAUUUUCUAAGACUGCAACUGGAGAACAUAGUAGAAGAUCUGUGGAGAAGGUUCCAGGAUGCACUCAAGAAUUACACUGAUGCCACAGAGGACCAAAAGAUUGCCUUUGAGACUCUGCAGGUGAAAGAUGAGAAGAGCUCCAAAGAGAUUGAAGCACAGAUGAAAAAAAUACAGAGACUACAGGACUCCAUAAUGACUUUAAAAAGCAAGAUCAUGGUGCACAGCCGUGAGAGUGAAGACCAGAACCAGUACAUUCGUAAGGACAAGGAGCUGGUCCUUGCCCAACUGCGAAAACUUAAGGCCCAAAGGACUCAGGCCCGGGAACUAUCCCAGGAAAACUUAGUCAAACUCACCAUGGAAAGUAAUGCCACCCUCAAGGCCCUGAGAAGGAUCGUUGAUAAGGGUGAAAAGAUACUGAAACUUGCUGAAAUAUGUAGGAAGUUUGAAACAGAGGAAGAAAAAGUGCUGCCUUUCUAUUCAUCAGUCUUGACUCCCAAGGAGCAGGAGGAGAUAGAAGAAAUUUACCCAGAGGAGCUUACUGAACAGCUUGCAAAGGUGAUAGUAAACUACACAGGGAUGGAGAAUUUCUGGAAAAGGUACAACAAAGUGAAACUGGAGCAACUGAGCCUCCAACACAGACAUGUCCAGUUGUUAGAAAUCAAUGGGAAGUUGCGGGAGAUGCUGAAGCAGUACUUGGAUGGCAUCUCAGUGAGUGACGAAGUGAUGAGCCAGCUCAACCCACUCUUUAUCGUCAACCAUCGAAGUAACUUAACCCAGCCUUUGUCCACACCUACCACCCAGCCAGGUGACAAACCACCUCCAACUACUUACAACAUCACUGAAGCAGCCCAUGUGAUCUCCCACAUCCUGUGAUAGAAGGAGAAAAUCGCUUUUCAAACCCCAAACGAUUUUUUGAGAGACUGGAGGACUUUGCUAUUAAAAAUUUCCAUGAGGUUUAUGAGCUCCUUCUAUGUUUGCCAUAUUGGACAGAGCAGUCUACUUGGAAGAUACUAGGAAUACGGUGGCCCCAGAGUGGAGAUAAUAGCUAGGCAAUUAUCAGGAGGCUCAUUGUUCAAUGAAGCACUGCUUCUUCGAGUCUGGGCACUAGGAGGGCCAGAACCCAUACCUUUGGGAUGUAGAGAUCCUAUGGGAACAUUCAAGAGCAGGUCCUUGGUGGUAAGUUAGGACAAGAAGAAGAGGCAGGGGAAGAGGUGAUCCAAAGC